AUGCAAGUUGGAGAGGCCUCAUGGAGAAUGUUGAGAUUAUAUAAUUGGCAGAAGCAAAUGAACAAACAGGACCUGAGCGUCAUGGGGUGCAGAAGGCAACCAAGUGACCUCUCAUAUCACUCUAUAUUGGUCGAAGCCAUGAAGAGAGUAUUAGAAAGUCUUAACCUCAAUAUGGUAGAGAUGGUAGAUGAAAAUGCGACUUUGGAUGGUGGAGACGUCUUAUUUACAGGCAGAGAAUUUUUUGUGGGUCUGUCUAAGCGGACAAAUCAACGUGGAGCAGAAAUUCUGGCUGACACGUUUAAGGAUUAUGCUGUCUCCACAGUCCCUGUUCACGAUUCUUUGCAUCUGAAGAGUUUUUGCAGCAUGGCUGGACCAAACCUGAUUGCUAUCGGAUCAAGUGAAGCUGCACAGAAAGCUCUCAAGACCAUGCAACAGAUGAGCGACCACCGCUACGACAAGCUGACAGUGCCUGAUGACGCCGCAGCAAACUGCAUCUACUUAAACAUACCAAGCAAAGGGCACGUCCUGCUGCACCGAGCCCCCGAGGAGUAUCCCGAAAGUGCAAAGGUUUUUGAAAAACUGAAGGACCACAUGCUGAUCCCAAUAGCCAACACAGAACUGGAGAAAGUAGACGGGGCACUCACCUGUUGCUCUGUGCUUAUUAACAAAUCUUCAGAAUUAUGAGUUUACAGAGUCCCUCCCUUGUAACUGGCAAUAAUGUUACAUACAAGGUAGACGAAUCUGUAUCCACACUUUUAUUGUUUUUAUUGACAAUCUACUGUACCACUGUGCUACUAACCCUUGUUUACAAAUUUUUUUGUUUUGUGUGUUUUUAUGAUGUCCUUGCAGAUGGUAUUUAAGGUGGGUGUACGCUUUUGCUGGGGGCACAUUCACUCUGAAGUAUGUUAGUCCCAUGGGCUAGCAGAAGACAGUUACAGUGGCUAACCCCUAGCUUUAGUGAUUUAACAUAUUCUGUGUGAAAAUUGUAUGAAAACCAACUAAUGCAAAGAAGUUCAAGCAGCUCUGUUGUCUUUACACUGUUUUUUCUUCUCCUUCUGUCUUUUCUCUCUUGCUUCUUUCUCUGCAUCUUUUUUCCAUUCCUCAGUCUUUCUUCUCUGUUUCUCUCUUUCAGUGAUGCAAGGUAUCAGUAGGGACUGAAGAAAAUUCAGUGAGAUUGUGAACUUGGUAUCUCAUGUGGCAGGGAAGCUUUCCUUACGCUGGCUGGAGCAGUGCGUGGCAGGCUGUGCUCAGCAUCUUGGCCAUAUCACAUUGCCACUGCUGGGCAGAUUGUGGCUCGGAUCGGGUUCAGACAUGAGACAGCAACUUAGGAGAAAGCUUUCUCCUUCAGGCACGUUCAAGGGCAAUAUUUGCCUGGGAAACCUGAAUGACAGGAAAAGAGGUAGUAGGGCAGCCACACCAGAUAAGUCCUACAAGUUCAGGGCCCUGUUUGCUGCUGAUGCUGUGUCUUGCAAUUGAGUGAGAACAGAAGAGGAGCGUUUUAAAAGGCCAGAUCGUAGGGAGCAUGUAGACCACCAAAAUGAAAGACCAAAGUGCUUUUGGAAAAGUUAAAGUCCACAAGUUAUCUAAGAAUGUGCGUUUUUUUUAAUCUCUCUGUGUGAACUUUCAUUUCAGUCUCUCUGUUGUUGUUUUCUCCUCUUUUGGGGGCCACGUACUAGCAAAAUUCAAAGGAAAAGGGUGAUAGAACCAGUUGAAGGACAGUUAUUCCUGGAUUAUGCUCAUGAAUGAGGGAAGCCAUUGUUGUCUGAAAGAUUGGCGUGUGUAUUUUAUCUGCCCUUGGGCCAGUUUUCCUUGGAACAAUGACCAUCUUAUUUUUUUUGAUUGCAUGAAUAUUUACUGUGGUAUUCAGUUAAAACAAAUAUAUUUGUUUUGUAGCAAAUUCCACAACAUCCUUAUCCACUGACUCACACAUUUUUUUUCACCGCAGUAACAUGAAGUAUACCCCAUUGUAUUCAUAUGAUUCUUGUUAAAUCAUUUGUAAACUAAGGAUGGAGAAAUUCCCAAACAGAAGCAGUAGUGGGAACUCUCCAGAGGCUGACGAAUAGUCUGAACAUUUUAUCAACUUCCUAGGCAUCUCCCCCACCUUUCCUGAACCACUUUUGGCGUGCUGCUAAGGUACAGUAGGAAGUGAGCAGGGGAGCUCUGUCAAUAUGGCCUGUAGGAGAGCAAGCAGCGUGAACUGAGGGCACGCUACAACAUCCUUUGGAAAUCUGCAUGCUUUUUUACGCAGUCAUAGGGGAGGAAACGCAAGCACUUAUAUUCACAAACUUCCUCUGCACUCUCGGUGUAGCAGCGUAAACACAUCUCACCUCAGCAGCUAAUGUGGAGCAAAGGAAGUUCAUACGUCCUGGCAGCUACCGGGAUACAUCAAAUGCCCUCUGAAUGCAUUGUGUCCUGUGACGACAGGAGGUAUCAAUGACGAGAAUAAAAAGUAUGUGAAAAGAGAGCAUGUCCCAAAGGAAGUCUCUAGCCAGCCAGACAGCAAGGUGCUGGUUUUAGGGCUGCGUGCCAUUCCCAAGGAUUCGCCUCACGUUUCCCUUUGGCUCCUCCGUUGCCACGUGCCAUCGUUUCAGCAUGAUUUGCAUGGUCAAGCUCUAAGGUUGGAAACGUUGUAGUGGGGAAUCUCCUUUCCCUCCUUCCCUUGGCUUUUUUUAAACAUCUGAUAAAGCUUCUUGCAUUUUAGAAUCCCUUGAUAUUAAACAAAGAAGAUUCUGUGCCAAAAAGUAACCCUGUAGUAUUUAACCAUGACCAUCUAGAGGCAAGCUACAUCCUUUUAAAAACAUAUGUAGCUGUGGGAGCUGUUGUGUAAAGCGGAGCAGAAUCUGUUGUCGCCUGUCUGUGGGCCUGGCCACGCCUCGCCCUGUCCGCGGGCUGCAGUCCCUCUCCCUCGUCUCGCCAGGAGCCAGAGCAUCCCACUGUAGCACUGUGCCAUCGUUAGGCUCUAGGAUUUCUGUUCGGUUUGUCUCCAACUUUCUGUUGUGGGUUUUUUUUUUUUAUCUGCUCUCACCUUUCACUGUUUCUCUCUUCCUCAGGCUGUGGUUUCUAGUUCAUUGCAUGAUAAGCACUUCCCUCUUUUAAAAAAUCCCCCAAAUUUUCCUUCCGUUGUCUCAGUUCUUCUGUUCCUUCAGUUUCCUUUUUCUGCACUCCUGUCUCUUCCCCUCACAGCUCACUCCAAAGUAUCCCAACCCUUAACAGGCUGUCCUACAUUUCCUCCCUCCUUGAGCAGAUGCCAGGAGGGAGGAGAAACCGCGGGGACCACUUUUACUCUGAGAAACUUUUUGAGCAAGAGGAAUAACUAUCAACAGGAACUGUGUACCUAGAGGGUGACUCCUCUUUGUUAGGCUUGCACCAUUCAUUCGUGGUGGACACUGUUGUUAUCUUGUGUCCCUGAAAGAAUGGGUGAUGAGGGAUUCCCCCCAGGUCCCUCAAGGGAGGGAGAGUUAGUGCAAGAGGAUGUCCUCGCUGAGGAGGGGAAGAUUGGAUCUCAGAGCUGCAAAGCAUCUCACUUUCCAGAGAGGUUGCUCUUUCACCAAUUGCCGUUUAGAUUUCCUUGCUUUCAAGGCUGCAUUUUAGUCUACAGAAAGAGCAGGAGAGUGGCUGAGGCACCUGAAUUCCUUCAAGUAAUGAUUUUAAGACGUAUUCAAACUGUCUAACUUCAGGCAUAUAAUCAUGCUUGCUUUGUCUCCAUUGGUUUGAUAGGUGUCAUAGGCUCCUGACAGAGAUGCUCUGAAUUACAUCUUAGUCCAAGGCCAAAAGUCAUCUAAGCUGUUUAGUGGGAUUGCUUUCCUCUCUCUGCUUUUCACUUUAUUAUGGCAUUAUAAAGCAACAAAAUUAAGAGCACUUCAGUUUGUGCAUUUGCAGUAUGGUACUAAGAACCAAAAUCAUGCCAAAUGCUUGCUGUUCUUGCUACUUGGUCGUUUUUCUGUUGCCCGUCUGAAGAAUUCAAUUGUGAGAACGUUUCUGCUGUAACACAGAAUGCAUUUAAUGGGCAUCCUGUACAUCUUGUCACUAGAACAUUUUUCAGAUGCCUAGUGUAAAUCAUCAUCCUUGACUAAUAUGGUAAAAUCCCAAACCAAAAAAGGAGAUGAGACACUGCACACUAAUAGGCAGCCCACAUGAAAUAUUUGAUAACAACUGUCAGACUGUAUGACAUAGCAGGGCACUAUACAAGAUCUUGUGGUUAAUAGCUCAGCAAUGGGAUUCGAAUUACUCGUCACUGGUUUGUUUGGUCUAGUUUUUUUUUCAAGCAAGCAGUUUAACUCAGAUCAAAUGAAAGAGCUACUAUGCUUAUUAUAGAUCUUUCACGGAUGUUGUUAUCUGUUACUAUGAGUCCAGGAAAAGGUUGUGAUAUGUGGGUUUCCCUCUUCAACAGAAUGUGAAUACAGUGUGUGUGUGUCUCUCUCUCUCUGCAAUGAAAAUGUGAAUGCAUAGUUGUACCUUACAGAUAAACUUGAAUUCUUCCAUUUCUGCAUUAUUGUCUUUCCUUGCAAAUAUACUUUUUUCCAGUCUUAAAUAGAUGCCACUGUAUGGAGCUAUUCUCUGAAUUUUUGAGUGAUUUCCAUGAGAUAGGUACAGAGCUCCUAUGCACACCGUGUCCAAUUUUAAAAAUAAAAAUUCAGUGAAAUGCAGAACAAUGAAUCUGCUUUUUCUGUUUGUUCACAGCAAGUUGGGAAUGAAAUAUGAAAAAAAUGGCUUUUGAUUUCAUUCAGCUUAUUAAACACUAGAUCAAUGAAGUCAGAGCUAAAUUACUUUGAUAGAAAAACUCAAAAUUCAAUUUGUUUGGGGAAAAUAAUUUGCUAUUUAAGAUUCUCUGUUUUUAUUAAUAAGGAAGCUGAAAAGAUAAGACUUAGAAGGGUAGUGUUUAUUAAGUGAUUGUGAACGCAGUAUCGUUGGAUCUCACUUGCAUUUUCAGAAAAGUUUUAACUGGACGUAUGAUGUAACUUGUAUAGAGUUGCAUGUGAAUUGUGUUAGUCACUGUUUUACGUUGUAUUGUUCUGCAGUGCACAAAUAUGACUACUGAAAACAAAAGUGUUAGAUUUCAUUAAACUUAAAAUCUUGUUACAGUAUAUAGUUGCCCACUUUUUGUGCCAAAAACAUCAAUACAUUCCAUAAUCUAUUCUAAUAGAGGUUUGCACUUUGAUUUUUUGUGACUCUUGCAGUUUCAAUACUAUAUAUCCCCAUCACAAAGGAAUAAAGUGUCAGUUGUACUGUG